AAAAAGGUUUUAGAAGUGUAUGGAAAUUUGCAAUAAAUUGCUCCUAUCUGUUCAUCUAUAUUCUUCAUCCUUCGAAAUUCACACCAUUGUUGUGUCCUCUCUUCAUUCUUUAACAGACUGAUGAUCAAUUUUGUGUAGAGAGUGGCAGAGAAUCUUUGUAUCAUAGUUUGAUAGCAGUGAUUUUUUACAAUAAAGGAAUAAAGAUGGGUUCCUCACAAAAUGUCAAGAACCCUUUAAAAAGAAGCUUUGAAAGCAUGAAUUCCAUGGCUAGAAUAACCAGUGAAGCCAUGGAUGUUGAUAAAAAUCAAAGCUUGAUGCCAACGAGCUACCAAGUUGAGAUUUUUGAAGUUGCAAAGAGGAGAAACACAAUUGCAGUGUUGGACAGUGGUGCUGGGAAGACCAUGAUUGCUGUUAUGAUGAUCAAAGAAUUAGGCCAAUCUCUCAGGCUUAAUGGUGAAAAGAAAUUAAUAAUUUUCUUGGCUCCUAGUGUCCACCUUGUUCACCAGCAAUAUGAGGUAAUAAAAUGUCACACAGAGCUUGAAGUUGAGGAGUUGUUUGGGGCCAAAGGUGUUGAUGAUUGGCAUAAGGAGACCUGGGAGAAAGCAAUCAAUGCACAUGAUGUUAUGGUUAUGACACCCCAGAUUUUAUUGGAUGCUCUGAGGAAAGCUUUCAUGAGUCUGGAUGUUGUAUGCUUAAUGAUUCUAGAUGAGUGUCAUCAUGCCACUGGUAACCAUCCUUACACAAAAAUAAUGAAGGACUUCUACCAUGAUAAAUUUAGAAACAAGCCAAAGAUCUUUGGUAUGACUGCAUCACCAGUAAUUAGGAAAGGUGUAACAUCCACCAUAGUCUCUGGGCGGCGAAUAUCAGAACUUGAAAGUCUUUUGGAUUCCCAGAUUUAUGCAACAGAGAACAGGGCAGAGUUGGAGGAAUCUGUCCCUUCUGCAAAAGAUGUUCGUAGAUUUUAUGACCCUCCAUCAUCAAAUUUGGAAUUGGAAACAUUGGAGGCAGAAAUUGAGCAUCUACGAGAGAAGUUUGAUGCUGCUUUGCUUGAUUUGCAAUGCUCCCUCCCAUGCCAGUACAAAGACAUUAAUGAUAAAGCCGUGAUGUUUCAAGAGAGGUUGUCGAGUGAUUAUGCAACUAUUUUGUGGUGCCUCGACAAUCUUGGCCUUAUAUGUGCAUAUGAGGCUAUUAAAAUCUGUAUAGAGACUGCCUCUAAUGUUAAGGAAGAGUGUGAAGCUUUCUCAUCUGAGAAAGCUUCACUGCAGUAUAACUAUUUUCUUGAGGAAGUACUAUCAACAAUUCUGAAAUCAUUGCCUCAAGAUCACGAGAAGCUUCUAGGUGUUGGAUAUAAUUCUUCAGCUACUAUAUGUAGAGGCUAUAUCUCUUCAAAAGUAUGUGAGCUUUUGGAGAUAUUCAGAUCAUUUGGGAAAGAUACUAAAGUGUUGUGUCUCAUUUUUGUUGAAAGAACUAUAACAGCAAAAGUACUUGAGCAACUCAUUAAGAGAACUGCAUGCUUGUCUCAUUUUGGGGUUGCAUACAUGACGGGAAAUAACUCAUUAGUUGAUGCAUUGGCACCAAAAGCUCAGAAAGAAACCCUUGAAUCAUUCAGAGUUGGGGAGGUCAAUCUAUUAUUCUCAACUGAUGUCAUUGAGGAGGGAAUCCAUGUACCUGACUGUAAGUUUGUUGUGCGCUUUGAUCUACCAAAAACAGUUCACAGUUAUGUCCAGUCACGUGGACGAGCUUGUCAAUUGGGCUCUCAAUUUAUUGUCAUGCUUGAGAGGGGGAACAUCAGACAAAUGGAUGACUUGUUUAACCUCAUUAGGAGUGAAUUCUCAAUGAAUAAUACGGCGGUAAGCAGAGAUCCUGAUGCUUGUGUUAAAAAAUCUUGUCUUAUGAAGGAAAAAGAUACAUAUCUUAUGAAGGAAAAAAAUACAUAUGUGGUGGAGGCAACUGGAGCAUCAGUUGCUGCAGAUUCAAGUGUUAGCCUCUUACAGAGAUAUUGCGACAAACUCCCAGGAGACAAGUACUUCACUCCAAAGCCAAUGUAUCAGUACUUACUGGUUGGACAGUCAUAUCAAUGUCAAUUGACUUUACCUCCAAAUGCAGCAUUUCAAACUAUGACUGGCCCUCUUUGUAGGAAUACUCUUUUGUCCAAACAGCUUGUGUGCUUGGAAGCAUGUAAAAAGCUGCAUCAGAUGGGGGCUCUCAGUGAUCAUCUUCUUCCUAUCAGUGAAAAGCCUUCCCAAAGUAGUUCCCACCCAAAUUGUAAAGCAUUAGCAUCAGGUGCAGGAACAACAAAGAGGAAAGAAUUGCAUGGAACCACCUGCAUUCGUGCGCUGUCUGGGACUUGGGGAGACAAGCUUGAUGGAUUUGUUUUUUACGUAUAUAAGAUAGACUUUUCUUGUAAAACUGAGCAACUUUAUUCCAGCUUUGUUCUUUUGCUCGAGUCAAAGCUAGAUGAUGAUGUAGGAAAAACUGAAGUGGACCUGUAUCUAAUCUCAAAGUUUGUCAAAUCUACUGUUUCUGCAUGUGGCCAAAUUCAUCUUGAUGCAGAACAGGUGGCAAAAGCAAAAUGCUUCCAAGAAUUAUUUUUCAAUGGGUUAUUUGGUAAAUUGUUUAUCAAAUUGUCUGGAGAAAGGAAGUUCCUCUUUCAGGCACAGGAAACAUUGUGGGACCCAUCAAACAUGUAUUUGCUUUUACCCGUAGAGUUGUUAAUCAAUUGCUCUGAGCCCUGGAGAAUAAAUUGGGGAGGAAUUGAAUCUUGUGUUUCAGGUGGAAUUUUUCAAGAAGCAUGCUUGGAUAAGUGCUGAACGGUCGAAAGCAACAGGAAAAACAUGUUAGUUCAUAGACCUGAUCCUGAUGGAAGUGAUGCAGAAAGCACAAAUAUCAUCCAUCUGGCAAAUACAUCAAUUUCCUUAAAUACUGAAGAUAUGGUAGUUGUGGCCAUCCAUACUGGCAGAAUUUAUUCUAUUAUGGCAGCAGUCGAUAAUACAUCAGCAGAAAGCCCUUUUGAUGCCAAUUCUGAUGCUGAACCAUCAAGUUAUUCAUCGUAUGCUGAUUAUUUCAAUAAAAAGUAUGGAAUUGUUUUAGUGCAUCCUCAGCAGCCUUUGGUGCUGCUAAAGCAAAGUCAUAGUUCACACAACCUUCUGGUGGAUUUUAGAAAUGAAGGCACUUCACGUGGAAAGAAAUUGCAUGGUGACAGUAGGAUGGCUGUUGAAAAGCCACGAUGCUAUGCUCACAUGCCACCAGAACUUCUAGCCAGCAUUGAUGUCUCACAUGAUGUCUUAAGAUCAUUUUAUUUGCUACCUUCCAUAAUGUACCGACUGGAGUCUCUGAUGUUGGCAAGCCAGCUCCGAGAAGAGAUUGCCCUGAAUUCUCAAAACAUACAUAUAGCAAGCUCGUUGAUUCUGGAGGCUCUUACAACUGUAAAAUGUAAUGAAAGCCUUUCCAUGGAACGCUUAGAGUUGCUCGGAGAUUCAGUGCUAAAAUAUGUUAUGAGUUGCUACCUCUUUCUAAAACAUCCCAAAAAACAUGAAGGACAAUUAUCUGCUCAGCGUUCAAGGGCUGUGUGUAACUCCACCCUGCAUAAAUUGGGAACUGAUUGCAAGUUGCAGAAUUAUAUACGGGACAGUCCAUUUGAACCACGUCGCUGGACUGCUCCAGGGCAGCAUUCUAUAUGGCCUAAUCAUUGUGAACAUGGGGUGGAUACAAUAGAAGUGCCUUUGGACGGAAAGUUCAUUACAGAAGACACUAAAGUAGUAGUUGGGAAGUGCUGUGAUAGAGGUCACAGAUGGAUUGGAUCAAAAACAAUAUCUGAUUGUGUUGAAGCCCUAAUAGGGGCAUACUAUGUUGGUGGGGGAUUGGGUGCUGCAAUUGGGUUGAUGAAAUGGCUUCGGAUUGAUGCUGAACUUGAGCCUGCAUUAGUUGAUGAGGCCAUUAAGGUUGCAUCUCUUCAUUCAUAUGACCCAAAAGCCAAAGACAUUGGAAUCCUGGAGAUGAAGCUUGGUUAUGAAUUCAGAGUCAAGGGGCUGUUGCUAGAGGCCAUUACACAUGCAACUGAACAAGAGCAAGAUGCUAGUUUCUGUUACCAGAGGCUGGAAUUUCUUGGCGAUUCAGUGCUGGACAUACUUAUAACUUGGCACCUUUAUCAAAAUCACUCUGACAUUGACCCUGGGGAAUUGACAGAUCUGCGUUCUGCCUCUGUGAAUAAUGAUAGUUUUGCUCUUGCUGCUGUUAGACAGAAACUUCAUCUGCAUCUUCAACAUUGCUCUGGAUUCCUUGAAGAUCAGAUUUCGGCAUAUGCUAAGUCUGUGUCUGAUCCUUGCAACAGUACAAAGUCACUCCAAGUUACAAAAGCUCCUAAGGUACUGGGGGACUUGGUGGAAAGUAUUGCUGGGGCAAUACUAAUUGACACCAAACUAAAUCUGGAUGAAGUCUGGAGGAUAUUUAAGCCGCUGCUUUCUCCUAUUGUGACCCCUGAUAAGCUUGAGCUCCCUCCACUUCGUGAACUAAUUGAGUGGUGUGAUUCUGUUGGUUACUUUCUAAAACAAAUUUGUACAACAAAGGGUGAUUUGGUGAAGGCAGAGCUUAUCUUACAGCUAGAAGAUAAUCAGUUAGUUAAAGAGGGUUGUGGACCAAAUAGAAAAAUUGCUAAGGGUCAAGCAGCUCUUCUUCUGUUGAAGGACUUAGAGGAAAGAGGAAUUCUGUCUAAAAGGCCAAAAGAAGAGAAAGAUGAUGUUUCUUGUACAUCUUUACCAAGCUCAGAUGGUAUCUGCUGUUUAAAAAAUGAAGGUACUGAUCUAAAAUUUAAUAAAAAGCAGAAGAUUAUUCAGGUGAAUCCAGGGCCAGAGAGUGGUGAUCCACAGGGCUUUGAUUCUGAUAGGCUCAAUAUACCAGUACUUCCACCAAUUGACAUGAAAAAAGGAGGGCCACGGUCCUCUCUUUUUGCUCUCUGCAAGAGACUGCAGUGGCCAAUGCCUACUUUCCAUACCACAGAGCGCAAGUCAAGAUCUCAAAUGGUAAUUGGUGAAGGCUCUGAGCAGAGAACAGGGUUUAAUAGUUUCGAAUCUGAUAUCACCUUGAUCAUACCAAACUCUGCUACUAUAGUAGUCAAAGGAGAUCAAAGAGCUGAUAAGAAGAGCUCAUUUGACUCAGCUGCCUUGACCAUGCUUUAUGAGUUACAACAACAGAAAAGGAUUGUCAUUCGUGCACAGUGAUUUUCUGUUCUGCCAAAACACUGCCAAACCGAUUUUUCUAGCAAGUAUAUACAAGCGGAGAGUCUCUUCUACUGGAUAUUGUCACUGAAAUACUAUGUAUCACAUUGAAAAUGAUGAUCUACCAAAAAUAAGAUUUAAGGA